AUGGCAACGCAAUUUGCACUUUAUAUUCAUAUGUUCGGCAAUUUGCAGAUUUAUGGUAGCAAAAAAUUGCAUGGAUUGAACAUCAAGGUACCGAUGGCCAUACUGAAUUGCCUCUACGCCCGUCAAUUGUGCUACGAAGAUCCAUCGUGUAGCGCUAUUUUGGAGAUAAUACCGAGAGUCUGUGGUCCGGAAUUAGUGGCUUGCUCGACGGUGACGGUGACUAAGUGUCAAGCGGCUCUGCGCACCCUACAGGCUUUCACUUACUUCCGACCGACGUGCCUCUGCAGGGAGCCGCAUGUCGAUCCGGACUGCAACAGCUUCCAGAACUUCCUGUUUGACCAUCCGUGUGACUAUGUAAUAUGGAAAAAUAAAGAUUUACACACGGACCCAAAAACAGUGGAUCAAUUGCCAACGUGCAAUCAUGCAGUCAACACUUGUCAACGUGAAAAGUCUUGCAAUCAGAUUUACAAAGACUUCAAAACUAACUGCAAGAUUCAAGAAAGCCAGUGUAAAAUGGAGAAUCGAGAGGCUUGCCACGAGUCCUGGACGCAGCUGCGAUUAUCGCCACUGUUUGGCUGUAUAUGCCCGAAUAAUCACAUGAAGCGGCGAUGUGACAAGAUCUUCUUGACGGUGAACCAUAACCCCUGCGUUGAGGUCCUGCCCUCCUCCACCUCCGUAGACCUGUCGGGCACGGAUUCGGCCCUGUACCCGUUCGACCCGCAGCAGGAGAACUACCAGGAGAUCUGGUUGCCACCGACCAGUAUGUACCCCUAUUUUCUGUUCCCCGGGACCGCGCGCACCCCAUCGUACUACGACCCCGACAGCACGUACGACUUACGGGAGCCCGGCGACCGACGCCAAGACCACCACCGUCACGGCAAUCGGCAUCAUCAUGGCUACCAGGAGGCGCCGGAGAUACCCGGCAAUCCAGCCGUCCUCGUCGUCGAGACGUACGAUCCUCGGAUCGAUUUACAUCGGUAUCAAACCGAUGUGAAUCGAUACGAGGAUCGUGGCGACCUCGCGUCCUCCAGGCGCUGAUCAUCCGGAUCAUCGACAGAUGGAUCUUCUUCCUCCUUCUCCUCCUCUUCGUCUUCUUCUUCUUCCUCUUCUUCUUCUUCUUCUUCUUCUUCUUCUUCUUCUUCGUUGUCCAAGCAUGAUCGCGUCUCCAGCACAGUGCACAUGCAGCCCCAAAGCGAGCAUGACGCGCACCUGCACCAGCAUCGGCACCACCACCAUCACCAGCACCAUCACCAUCGUGAGCACCCUGCACUACCUGCACCGCCGUCCGUCGUCGCGACGCUGUCGUCGUCGUCGGCGGGCUCGUACGCGUCGGCGGCCGCUCGUCCCACGCCUACCGUGCUGGACGAGCCGUUAGGGGCACGCGGGCCCGGUCACGCCGAGCCACCGCGGCUGCCGGCCCCGAGGAAGUUCGCCCCCAGGCCUACCUACGAGCACCGCGCGAUCGUCGACGACGACGAUCUCGAUGACGAGUUCAAGCCAGGCGCGCUGCCCGUCGACCGGCUCUUCGAUCCCCAGAUCUUCGAAGGGUUCGUCGACCAAGUGAAGGUCAUCGCCCAUCCUGACAAUUCCACCAGCUUCGAAGUGAUUGAGUCGCAAUUGGAAAAUCCAUUGAUCGACGCUAAGCAUCGGGAUUUACUCACCAUGAAGCAACUCCCUAUCCCAAUCAACCAUCAUCAUCGGAUUCACCACAAAAGAAACCAAACGGAUGAUCUCGAACAAACAGGUGUGACAUCAACAUCCUCCAUGUCGGAUAUCGACAAAAUUCAGCCGCCAGUUAAAGUGGUUCUCCCUAGCACAUGCCAUCACGCCUAUACAUCUUGCAAAAACGAUCCGGAAUGCAAAAACCUGCUGCAACCUGUUCUGAACCAUUGCGACUCGACGACGUGCGCAAGGAACGAGUGCAUGGAAGCGCUGCAGCAUUUCUACAAGACCGCAAAUCACAAACAUUCCGUAGAAAUAGCUUUCUGUCUCUGCAGGAAAACUGAUAGCAAAAAGGAUGAGUGCAUAGUGGCGCAAGAAAAAAUGCAUCCAAUGUGCGCGCAGCGCAUAGACGCCGCCGAAAUGCCGACGUGUCACAGCCUGGCGGAAACUUGCAAAGAGAAUAGAAGUUGCAGGCUUAGAUUGGAGUAUUACGAACAGAGCUGCGCGGUCGACAGCAUGACGAAGAAAUGCGCUGGCCCAACUUCGGAAUGCAGAAAAGCGAUGCUAGGUAUUCUUGGCACCGAUCUUCACACCAAUUGCGCGUGUAAGGGUACUGAGAUCAAUCAGCUUUACGGUUGCCUAGGUUGGCAACGGCUUCUCUGGGUGAAUCCUUGCGUAGUUGAAUCGCAGAAAGAUUAUCACGCGCGCAAGAAACAUCAUCAUUCACGUACGACAACGACGACGACGACGACGACGGCGACGGCUAUCGCGACGACGACGGUGAGGUCAUCGGCGAGCAUGACGGCAACCACCGCGGUCGAACAAGCGGAGGAUAAUCAAAUACCGGAAGUGACGAAGUGGCCGACCACCGAACCCAUGGAAACUUGGGAAAUCACAACCACUACUAUGAGCACCACUUCUACUACUACUACGACCACUACGUUGCCACCACGCUUCUGCGUGGUUCAAAGGCCGACACAUAGCCACCAAUACAUAAGAGAGGGCAAGGGCAAAAGGCUGUAUCGUGAGGACGAGCCCGAAUGCUCGGAGCUCUGUCACUGCAGCGAGGGUGAACAACUUGUCUGCAACACCAUCUGCGUCGAUUCGUCACCCUGCAAGACGGAUUUCGCUUUCUACAACCACGAAGCACCGGCUUAUCAGGCACAUCGAGGUCCUUGCCUUUGCUAUAGCGGUGGUUUCAUAUGCAUGCGGCCUUCGCCCGACACAUACAAUAUACCGCACGGGGUUUUCAUGUUCCUGGGGUACAGCGAGAAAGACGAGACCUUAUUGAAGCAGCACAACAAUGUAACCGUGCUGGACGCGGUAUCAUCUCUCGACAAUUUCAUGAGAGAGGAAGUCAAUAAUCAGACAGUAUGCACGCUCUUCUUGUACAAUGCGACCCGAGAAAACGUGAUUGCAGUAGCACGGCUUGGGACCGACAAUCCACCCUUAAAUAGCAGUCAGGCUCAGAAUCUGCAGCACCUGCUACGUGUCAAGGAGGAGUGCGCGUCAAUGAUGCAAGAUCUCAGCGACAAGAUCAACAACAAGCACCACGAAGUGCAUUCGCAUCCGCUACUCUCGAUCUUCAAGAUGGCCGAGGUCGAAAUAAAAAUGCCAUACAGUAACGAAGCGGCCGUCUUCAGAUCAUCGUUAGCCCUUCUUGUCAUUCUGCUGGCAGUCGGCUUUUUCGGUUCGACGUGUCUUUUCGAUUCGUGACAGGGACAUCGAGACACUGUAAGAAGUUUAUAUCGAAUGUCUCCCUCGCGAAGAAUUGCCACGUGUCGCGCGCACGCGGUUAUUGCGACUUCGACAGCGGAGUCUAUCUUGAGGAAGGAGGACUUGUGGCCUUGAAGGCCACAAAACAACGAAGAGAAGGAUUUUUCGCCUUCUUGAUCAUCGUGCUGAUCUAUGUCGUAAGGAUUGAUCGACAGAUCUGCACGACGAUUCCUGCACGUUUUUUGCCGAUCACGAAUCGCUCAUC